GCUCCCGCCGCUCCCGGCGCUCCGAGCGCGGGCCUGGGGACUCGGGAUCCCGCCGCCGGGGCCGCAGCAUGGGGCGCUUCCGCGGGGGCCUGCGAUGCAUCAAGUACCUGCUGCUCGGCUUCAACCUGCUCUUCUGGCUGGCAGGGUCGGCUGUCAUUGGUUUUGGACUAUGGUUUCGGUUUGGAGGCACCAUGAAGGACUUCUCAUCAGAGGACAAGUCCCCGGAGUAUUUCUACAUGGGACUGUAUGUACUGGUUGGAGCAGGAGCCCUGAUGAUGGCUGUGGGCUUCUUCGGAUGCUGCGGAGCCAUGCGGGAGUCGCAGUGUGUGCUCGGAUCUUUCUUCACCUGCCUACUGGUGAUCUUUGCUGCUGAAGUAACCACUGGAGUAUUUGCUUUUAUAGGCAAGGGUGUAGCUAUACGGCAUGUUCAGACCAUGUAUGAAGAGGCUUAUAGUGAUUACCUGAAAGACAGGGAAAAGGGAAAUGGGACCCUCAUUACCUUCCACUCAACAUUUCAGUGCUGUGGAAAAGAAAGCUCUGAACAGGUCCAACCCACAUGCCCAAAGGAACUUCUAGGGCACAAGAAUUGCAUUGAUGAAAUUGAGGCCAUAAUCAGCGUUAAACUCCAGCUCAUCGGAAUCGUCGGCAUUGGAAUCGCAGGUCUCACGAUCUUUGGCAUGAUAUUCAGCAUGGUCCUUUGCUGUGCAAUCCGAAACUCACGAGAUGUGAUAUGAAGCUACUUCGACAUGAAAACUGCAAUCGAGAGCUUUCAUACAGCUGUCACAGGACCUGGCUCCUGGCUCAUUUUUAAUACUCAAAGGACAUUAGGAUCUUAAAAUAAUUUGCUGUCAAUUGUACAUUUGCACAUGUAUGUAUGUUUGGCUCAUUCCUCGUUUACCCCUUGAGUGAAUGCUCUGUGUGUUGACUGACAGCAUAUUCAUGUGUGAUCUGUGUGUUUCUGGUAUACGCAUUAUACAGAAUGAAAUCUGUUGGCUGAAAAUUCCUGGUUCUUGUUAUGUUAGAGGAACAAUCUAUUUAACUCUCAGAAAAAAGAUCAUAAAACUUUGAUACACUUUAAAAAACUUGGCUAUUCAGAAGAAGUGAUAAUGGGUCAUUCUCUCAGAUUCUAGCCAUAGAAAGUUAGAUACAGAGAAUUCAGGGAUUUCUAGUUAACAGAAGCAGUAAGUUAUGGGAAUUGCGAGAUCGUGGCGGGGUGCUAAAAUUGACUGCCUCUGAGUUGGGUGUCAGGGUUUCCUGGGAUUUUUUUAUAUACAUACUCUCCCCAGAACACAGUAAGCCACAGUUUUAGAACUAAACACAUCUGUAAAACUAAAUAUAGCAUGGAAAAUCUUAUUUGAAUAACUCAUACUUUCCUAGUAUUUAAAAACAAAAAACUCCCUCUGGAAAGAGUGGUCACACAGACAAUCAUGUGCCCUAUAAAAGUGAGUGUUUUUAGGACUUCAAAAAAAAAAAAACCUUUUAAUAACUUUUUGAAGACAUUUUUUUUCUUAUGUAAGUACAUUUAAACAUUGCUUUAUUACUUACUUUCCUUUUCUGACUCUGUUCUGAACUACAGCAACCCUCACACAAACAAAAGGGCUUUUAUCUCAAAUUUUUCCGUGUUUCUCCAAAUGUAAAGAUAGAAAGACUAAAGCCAGAGAUCUGGCAGUUGCAAUUAGUGGGAAAGAGAAUUUUCAUGGGCACUGUAUCCUUGAAAUACCUCAUAACUUGAGUUUACAUAUUUUCCUAAUUUUUUCUAUUUUUCUUACUCACCUAGAGAAUUCUUCAUAGAUUAUGAACUAUAGAUUCCACCACUUAGGAAAACAAAACCCUUCCUAAUUCAAAUAUUAUAAGCAUCCUUGGCCAAACCAAAAUAGAAAAAGAAAAGCAUCUACUAGUUGUGUGCACACAGCAGAGACAAGCUAAGGAAAUUAAAAUAUUUAAACACACAGAACAGAAAUAUGUUUUUUCUGUGUUAAGUUGCCUAUAAAAAUAAAAUUUUCGUAUUCUUUAUGAUCUUGAUGCUUUCAUUUUGGUAUGUAAACCCAAAGAUAAGAUCUAAACUGACAUUAUUUGUCCAUUUUUAACAACUUGGUACCUUUAGUAGAUCAUGGAGGGUUUUUUUUAAUUAUUAUUAUUACAUUUGAAAAGGCCACCCAAAAGCGAAAGUGCUGGGGACUUUGGAAGCCCCUGAGUAAGUUCACAGGCCUGUGAGAACACAAUCUUUGGGUGCACACUAAAGCAAAGUGCUCAGUCCCAAGAAACUUUUACAAAACGAUUUGCUGAAAAGACCUAAUUGCUACAAAUAGUCUCAAUCACAUAGAGAACCACUCUUCCACCAUACUUGCUACUGGUACUAACUUGGGAGGAAGCUUUUCUAGAAAAAAAGACUGGAAGCAAACUAAUUUAAUCGUACGUGGCUACUUUACAGUGUUUAUAGCUGAUGCAAAGAUGAUUUUAAGAAAGUCACUUUAACUUUAAAGAUUAUUUUAAGAAAGUCACGUGUAAACGUGAAAUAGAUGUUUAUACCCCAGUAGGUGACAAAUACAACCUUUGAGGCAAAGAACAAACAGUCCAUCUCUCUUGCUGGCUUUAGUUCAUCCGUCUACCUGAAGACAGGCCCAAGUGCAUACUCGGGUUUCUUGCAGUUCAGAAUCAUCUCUGAUUCAACAAAACUGAGUUUCACUCCAUAUCUGAAUUAACAACCUUAAAGAAGACGACAGUGGUUAAAAGAGGAAGAGUAGAGAUCUGUUCCAUAAAUGAUUAAUGUACCCCUUUGGGGAGUAAUUUUUCAGAAAUAUGUGCCAUGAGUAAAACUAGAGAAUUCCACCUCUGAGUGAGGGUAGAUUUAUAUAUAUCCUGAAUCUAUAUAUAUCUUGAAUUCCUAUAUAUCUUGAAUCUAUAUAUGUCUUGAAUCUAUAUAUCUUGAAUAUAUAACUCUUGGAUACAUACAUAUGUAACUUGAAUAUAUGUAUACAUGCAUGUAUGUAUAGACAUACAUACAUGCAUGUAUAUAUAUGUGUGUGCAUAUAUAUAUAUAUAUAUACACACACACACAUAUAUAAAUUUUUGGUUAUGUCUGUUUACCUGAACUGACUUGAGAUCAGACUCAAACAUAUUCUUAAGCAUCUGGUGCCAAGUCACUGAAUUAAAAUUUCUUGAUGAACUAUUUUAAGUUAUUUCAAAUUAAAUUUUCUACGUACUGGAA